UUAGGGUGUCCUUGCAGGGUGUCUGAGCUAAACUUCACCAAAUAAUAGCUGUUUGUAUUUUGGCUGCUGCAGGAGCCAUUUUAGGGGCAUAGAGAUCGAUACAGAAAUAGAGUUCCCAGAUCAGCCUUCCCUAGGACCAAAGAAAUAAAAUAAUUGCCUUUAAUAGAUGAUAAUGAAAAUACAGAAGAAAGAGAAGCAGUUGUCAAAUUUAAAAGUUCUGAAUCACUCCCCAAUGUCUGAUGCCUCCGUCAAUUUUGACUACAAAUCCCCCUCCCCGUUUGACCACAGCACUGAUCAGGAGGACAGAACUGAAGAUGUUGCCCAUCCCUGUCUGCCCCAGAAGGACCUGCACGCUGCUGAAGAGGGCGCUGAGACCCUUUUCCCCAGGAAAACGACAUCCCAUAACGGGACGGAGGACAGUGGAGGAGGAGGCACUGGCGUGAAGAAGAAACGGAAGAAAAAGGAUCCAGGAGAGCAAGAAGGGGCAGCAAAGGGAAGCAAGGACAGGGAGCCCAAGCCAAAGAGGAAGCGUGAACCUAGAGAGCCAAAGGAGCCCAGGAAGGCCAAGGAGCCCAGGAAGGCCAAGGAGCCCAAGGAGCCCAAGCUGAAGGACGGGGCCAAGAAGGUGCGGAAGCCCCGGGAGGCCUCGGGCCCCAAGGAGGCCAAAGAGAAGAGGAGCGGCCCUGACUCUGCAGCCAGGACGAAGUCCAAGAAGGCCAGCAAGGAGCAAGGACCAACCCCAGUGGAGAAAAAGAAGAAAGGAAAAAGGAAAAGUGAAACCACAGUGGAGAGUUUAGAGCUGGAUCAGGGCCUGCCGAACCCAUCCCUGCGGAGUCCUGAGGAGUCCACUGAGUCUGCAGACAGCCAGAAACGACGCUCAGGACGGCAAGUGAAGCGCAGAAAAUACAACGAGGACCUGGACUUCAAAGUGGUGGAUGAUGAUGGGGAAACCAUCGCUGUCCUUGGAGCCGGCCGGACAUCUGCCCUCUCAGCUUCUACACUGGCUUGGCAGGCGGAGGAGCCUCCAGAAGAUGACGCAAACAUCAUUGAGAAGAUCCUGGCAUCUAAGACUGUCCAGGAGGUUCACCCGGGAGAACCCCCAUUCGACUUGGAGCUGUUCUACGUCAAGUAUAGGAAUUUUUCCUACUUGCACUGUAAAUGGGCCACAAUGGAAGAACUCGAAAAGGAUCCUCGCAUCGCACAGAAGAUCAAGCGAUUUAGGAAUAAACAAGCCCAGAUGAAGCACAUUUUUACUGAGCCUGACGAAGACUUGUUCAACCCAGACUAUGUGGAGGUUGAUCGCAUCUUGGAGGUGGCCCACACCAAGGAUGCAGAAACCGGAGAGGAAGUGACGCAUUACCUGGUGAAGUGGUGCUCACUGCCUUACGAAGAAAGUACAUGGGAGCUGGAGGAGGAUGUGGAUCCUGCGAAAGUUAAAGAAUUCGAAUCUCUGCAAGUUCUCCCUGAAGUUAAGCAUGUGGAGCGACCCGCCUCAGACUCCUGGCAGAAACUUGAGAAGUCUCGAGAGUAUAAGAACAGUAACCAGCUCCGGGAGUACCAGCUGGAGGGGAUGAACUGGCUUCUUUUUAACUGGUAUAACAGAAAAAACUGCAUUUUGGCUGAUGAGAUGGGCCUAGGGAAAACCAUCCAGUCCAUCACAUUCCUUUCAGAAAUAUUCCUCAGGGGGAUCCACGGCCCUUUCCUCAUCAUCGCCCCGCUCUCCACCAUCACUAACUGGGAGCGGGAGUUCCGGACGUGGACAGAGAUGAACGCCAUCGUGUACCACGGCAGCCAGAUCAGCAGGCAGAUGAUCCAGCAGUAUGAGAUGGUGUACCGAGAUGCACAGGGAAACCCGCUGUCAGGAGUCUUCAAGUUCCAUGUCGUCAUUACAACGUUUGAGAUGAUCCUGGCAGACUGCCCAGAGCUGAAGAAGAUUCACUGGAGCUGUGUGAUCAUUGAUGAAGCCCACAGAUUGAAGAAUAGGAACUGCAAACUUCUGGAGGGCCUGAAGCUCAUGGCCCUGGAACACAAAGUGCUGCUCACAGGGACGCCCUUGCAGAACUCGGUGGAGGAGCUCUUCAGUCUGCUCAACUUCCUGGAGCCGUCACAGUUUCCUUCAGAGACUGCUUUCUUGGAGGAGUUUGGAGAUCUGAAAACAGAGGAGCAGGUGAAGAAACUGCAGUCUAUCCUCAAACCAAUGAUGCUUCGGCGGCUGAAAGAUGACGUGGAAAAGAACCUUGCUCCCAAACAAGAGACGAUCAUCGAAGUAGAGCUGACCAAUAUCCAGAAAAAAUACUACCGUGCCAUCCUGGAGAAGAACUUCUCCUUCCUGACCAAGGGGGCCAAUCAGCACAACAUGCCCAAUCUCAUCAACACCAUGAUGGAGCUGAGGAAGUGCUGUAACCACCCCUACCUGAUCAACGGGGCAGAGGAGAAAAUUCUGGAGGACUUCCGGAAAACCCACAGCCCUGAUGCCCCCGACUUUCAGCUGCAGGCCAUGAUUCAAGCAGCAGGGAAGCUGGUGCUGAUUGAUAAACUGCUCCCUAAGCUGAUUGCUGGCGGCCACAAAGUACUCAUCUUCUCCCAGAUGGUGCGCUGUCUCGACAUCCUGGAAGAUUAUCUCAUCCAGAGAAGAUACACCUAUGAGCGAAUUGAUGGGCGAGUACGGGGAAACCUGCGCCAGGCAGCCAUCGACCGGUUCUGUAAGCCAGACUCAGACCGCUUUGUCUUUCUUCUGUGCACCCGAGCGGGAGGCCUGGGGAUCAAUCUCACAGCUGCCGAUACCUGCAUCAUAUUUGAUUCAGACUGGAACCCACAAAAUGACUUGCAGGCUCAGGCCCGAUGUCACCGGAUAGGCCAGAGUAAAGCCGUGAAGGUGUAUCGCCUCAUUACACGGAACUCCUAUGAGCGGGAAAUGUUUGACAAGGCCAGCCUGAAGCUGGGUCUGGACAAGGCUGUCCUUCAGGACAUCAACCGAAAGGGCAGCACGAAUGGAGUACAGCAGCUUUCAAAAAUGGAGGUAGAGGACUUGCUCCGGAAGGGUGCUUAUGGUGCCUUAAUGGAUGAGGAAGACGAAGGCUCCAAGUUCUGUGAAGAAGACAUAGACCAGAUUCUGCAGAGGAGAACCCACACUAUCACCAUCCAGUCUGAAGGGAAAGGAUCCACUUUUGCCAAGGCUAGCUUUGUGGCUUCCGGAAACAGAACGGAUAUUUCCUUAGAUGACCCAAACUUUUGGCAGAAAUGGGCUAAAAUAGCUGAACUGGACACUGAAGCAAAGAGUGAGAAGGAAAGCUUAGUGAUCGACCGCCCGCGCGUGAGGAAGCAGACCAAACACUAUAACUCUUUUGAGGAGGAUGAGCUCAUGGAGUUUUCAGAGUUGGACAGUGACUCUGAUGAGAGGCCCACGAGGUCCAGGCGCCUCAAUGACAAAACCAGACGCUACCUCCGGGCCGAGUGCUUCCGGGUGGAGAAGAACCUGCUCAUCUUUGGCUGGGGCCGGUGGAAGGACAUCCUGACUCAUGGACGAUUCAAGUGGCAUCUGAACGAGAAGGACAUGGAGAUGAUUUGCCGGGCCCUGCUGGUGUACUGUGUCAAGCACUACAAGGGCGACGAGAAGAUCAAGAGUUUCAUUUGGGAACUGAUCACGCCUACCAAAGAUGGGCAGGCCCAGACCCUCCAGAACCACUCAGGGUUGUCCGCUCCAGUCCCCAGAGGGAGGAAGGGGAAGAAAACGAAGAACCAGCUGCUGCUCCCAGAGUUAAAGAACGCAGACUGGCUGGCCACCUGCAACCCCGAGGUGGUCUUGCACGAUGAUGGCUACAAGAAGCACCUCAAACAGCACUGCAACAAGGUACUUUUGCGAGUCCGGAUGCUGUACUACCUAAAAGCUGAAAUACUGGGAGAAGCAGCGGAUAAAGCAUUUGAAGGAACUCCGGCCAGGGAGCUGGAAGUGCCUCUGCCCGACAUCGACUGCGUGGAGAUCCCAGUGGAUUGGUGGGAUGCCGAGGCUGACAAGUCGCUUCUGAUUGGCGUGUUCAAACAUGGUUACGAGAGGUACAAUGCCAUGAGAGCAGACCCAGCACUUUGCUUCUUGGAGAAGGUUGGGAUGCCAGACGAGAAGUCCCUUUCUGCAGAGCAGGGUGUUACAGAUGGGACCUCAGACAUUCCCGAAAGAGGCAACACAGAUAAAGAAGACAAUACAGAAGACAAAGUAGAUGGCCUCCAGAAACAAAUGGAAAGUUCCAGUGAUGGAGGUGAUGGCAUUUUUGGUGAAAAGAAGGAUGACAGCCGGGCAGCCCAGGAUGGCUCCGACCCAGACAAAUCACCCUGGCCAGUUUCGUCUGCACUCACAGCUCGUCUCCGACGCCUGGUCACCAUUUACCAGCGCUGUAACCGCAAGGAGCUCUGCCGACCUGAAAUCCUGGGACCAGGAAACCAGGGAUACUGGGUCCAGGAAGAGAUGUUCCGGAGGUCCUCAGAGAUGGAUCUCAUCAACAAGGAAGCCCAAAAGAGGUGGACUAGGAGAGAGCAAGCAGACUUCUACAGAACAGUGUCUUCCUUUGGUGUCGUUUAUGAUCAAGAAAAGAAAACCUUUGACUGGACGCAGUUUCGCAUCAUUUCCCGUUUGGACAAGAAGUCGGACGAGAGCCUGGAACACUAUUUCUAUAGCUUCGUGGCCAUGUGCCGCCACGUCUGUCGUCUGCCAGCCUGGAAGGAUGGUGGUGAGGACAGUCUCUGUCACUAUAUCCCAGGCCCCCCAGAUCCCAGCAUCUGCGUUGAACCCAUCACUGAAGAGCGGGCCGCGAGAACCCUGUACCGCAUUGAACUGUUGCGGAAGGUCCGGGAGCAAGUGCUGCAGUGUCCUCAGCUGCACGAGCGCCUUCAGCUCUGCAGGCCCAGCCUCUCCCUCCCCGUCUGGUGGGAGUGUGGAAAGCACGAUCGGGACCUGCUGAUCGGCACCGCCAAGCACGGGCUGAACCGCACCGACUACUACGUCAUGACCGACCCCCAGCUGUCCUUCCUGGACGCCUACAGAAACUAUGCCCAACACAAAAGAACCGACCCCCGGGCUCCAGGGAGUCUCUGUUGCCUUUACCAGACCAACUCCAAACUGUAUGAAUCUCUUGCGUAUACUCAAAUGAGCAGGACUUCCGAGUCCCUUGAAAAUGAACCCGAGAAUCUAGUGAAAAUAGAAGGUAGGGAUGAUCAUCUUGGUCCACCUCGGGGCAGCUUAUCUGACAUGACUUGUGAAAACUUUAUUUCUAAAGUUCAGGAUGUCAUUUCCAUCACCCGUGAUGAGAGUCUGCUGCCCGAGUCCUUGGAGAGCAUGAUGUAUGGUAAGAAAGCACUAAGCCAGGAGCCACUCUCUUUUCAGGAGAGCCCAGGUACCAAUACCGAAUCCAGACAAGACGCCGUGGCUCUCGCAACCAGCAGAGAUGGAAACUUCCAGCCUGGUGGCCACGAGGCAGAAAUAGCCUCAGGCCCCUCUUUUAUGGAUACAUUAGAAGCAGGAGUAGCUCAAAUGAACAUUAAAAAUGGAAAACAUUUGCUGGUGUCUCUUUCACAGGAAGAGGAACUCUGCUGCAGCGAGGCAGGGCAGAGACCUGAAAGCCUUGGGCAGCUGGAAACCAAAUGCACAGCCUCCCCUUCCUUGGACCAAGGAAAUGAGAGCGGGUUUGUUGACAUGUGCAAUCUUAGUGUCUGUGACUCCAAAAGAAACCUGUCAUCAGAUCAGCAGUUAAUUGAUUUAUUAGAAUGCAAAAGUUUAGAAAGUAAAUUGAUUUUGGGUCGGAACCACAGUGAUGAGGAGGAGGAAGAGGAGGAAAAUGAGGAGGAAAACCUAGACCUGGCCGCAGGCACGCGGGAAAGGCUGGAGUUGUCGCCUCUUACCGAGCCCACUGCUCGUAUGGCAGGGGAGAAGUGCUGCAGUGGCUUUCUUGCGGACGAAGCCAAGAAAGGAAGCCUGGCGGCCAGAAGCCAGCAUCCUGGACCGCAGGGCGCUUUUCUUCCCGCAGCCUGUCAGUGUCACUGCAAACACAUGGAGAGGUGGACGCACGGCCUCGAGAAUGACCAGUUUGAAGUGGAGAAACCCCAGGGUUACAACCCACACCUGUACAAAAGCAAAGCCAAUAAUGUCACAAUGGGGGGCGAGCUCACCGCUCUUCCGCCAGAGCUGUUUCAGGUGAAGCAUGAACUUUUGAAAGAACCCUGGAAAGAAAGUGCAGAAGGGAAACAAGGUUUCCCUACAUAUCUCGAAGGCAGUGAACUCAAGGCGGAAGACGUGGAUUUUGAGAGUAAAGACGAUUAUGAUAGAGACGGGAACUGCCAGAGUCAAGAUUAUCCAGGGAAAUACUCUGAGGAGGAGAGCAAGAACUCGACCUCGGGCAUCGCAGGGGACCUCGGGGACAACCUUCAGGAGGCUCGGGCUCCCACCAUUGCACAGCUGCUCCAGGAGAAAACCCUCUAUUCCUUCUCCGAGUGGCCAAAGGAUCGCGUGAUAAUCAACCGCCUGGAUAACAUCUGCCAUGUGGUGUUAAAGGGGAAGUGGCCCUCCAACCAGCAGUAUGAGCCCUCAGCCGCACUGCCCACCCCCGUGUUAACCAGCGGCGCUGGUCCCCGCAGCAGCCUUUCAGAGCCAGAGGCAUCAGAACACGUCUUCAGCAGUGGUGCAGCGUUGGUGGCCCAGAUGCAGAAGGAGAGCUUCUUGGCUUCGGUAUUCACAAAGGAUGAACAGAAGCACAGGCGUCCUUAUGAGUUCGAGGUGGAGAGGGACGCAAAGACCCGGGGCCUGGAGCAGUUCCCCGCCACCCAUGGGCACCCCCCCAUCGUCCUCAACGGCUGGCAUGGAGAGUCAGCGAUAGACCUCUCGUGCCCAUCGGAGGGGUCCCCGGGGGCCACAUCCCCUUUCCCAGUGAGCACCAGCACCCCUAAGAUUGGGGCUAUCGGUUCACUUCAAGGAGCCCUUGGCAUGGACUUGUCUGGGAUUCUGCAAGCCGGCCUGAUCCAUCCAGUGACUGGACAGAUCGUCAACGGAAGCCUCAGGAGAGAUGACGCUGCCACCAGGAGGCGGAGAGGGAGGCGGAAGCAUGUAGACGGAGGCGUGGACCUCAUCUUUCUGAAGGAGCCGACACUCCAGGCGGGGAUCUUGGAGGUCCACGAAGACCCAGGACAGGCCCCCCUGAGCACCUCACACCCUCCUGAAGGGCCAGUGCCUGCCACUUCGACCCCGGAGCCGGCCCCGGGAGCCGGCAGCCAGGCCGAGAAAGCCAUUCCCAGCAAGAGCCUGCUGGACUGGCUGCGGCAGCAGGCUGACUGCCCCCUCGAGGUCCCUGGCUUCGGCGCGAAUUUUUCAGACAAACCCAAGCAGAGGAGGCCACGCUGUAAGGAUACUGGAAAAUUAGACGUCAACUCCCUGAGUGGGGAAGAGAGGGUUCCUGCUGUCCCCAAGGAGCCAGGCCUGAGGGGGUUUCUCCCAGAAAACAAGUUCAAUCACACCCUUCCUGAGCCUGUUCUCCGAGACUCAGGCCCCCGCCGGAGGGGCAGGCGGCCCCGGAGCGAGCUCCUGAAGGCUCCCGCCCUCGUGGCGGACUCCCCCUCCGGGAUGGGGCCUCUGUUCAUGAACGGCCUGAUCGCCGGGAUGGACCUGGUCGGACUUCAGAACAUGAGAAACAUGCCCAGCAUCCCCCUCACGGGGCUGGUGGGGUUCCCGGCCAGCUUUGCAGCGAUGCCCACGGGUGAAGAGGUCAAGAGCACAUUGAGCAUGCUGCCCAUGGUGCUGCCGGGGAUGGCCGCCGUACCCCAGAUGUUUGGGGUCGGGGGGCUCCUCAACGCCCCCAUGGCCACCACCUGCGCCUCGGCUGUGCCAGCGCCUUUGUCAAGCACAACGAAGAGUGGCACGUCGGCGGCUGAAAAGACUGCAGAAGACCAGCCUAGCGGCCGUGAUGUCAAAACGGACACGUCAGCUGAAGACAAGCCCGGUCCUAGUCCAUUUUCCGAUCAGGCCGAACCCGCAAUAACUACGAGUAGUCCUGUGGCUUUUAACCCGUUUCUCAUCCCAGGAGUGUCCCCUGGACUCAUUUACCCAUCCAUGUUUGUCUCCCACGGCAUGGGCAUGGCUCUGCCGGCCAUGCAGCAGGCCAGACACUCGGAAAUAGUAGGUCUGGAGAGCCAGAAGAGGAUGAGGAAGAAAACAAAAGGGGACAACCCGGACCCCAGCCCAGAGCCUGCACCCGGGUUGGAGAGGGAGCCGGGCGGUGCCCAGAGCUGCCCCGAAUCCAGGGCCCCCGCGCCUCCAGAGAGAGGACACGCAGCACAGGCUGGCGAAGGGGGCCCCCAAGACUCUAACAGUGUCACCAAUUAGAACUUUUUCAUUGAAGAAAUUCUUAUGACUUGUAAGUUUCUUAUCCCAUCAAGGUUUGUUACUUCCCUCACUUCACUGUCAUAAGAACCUGUGUUUCCAUAAGUACUAUUACCUACCUGAUUUCCUGUCUGAGAACUAUGGUAACAGAUGUUAAUAGUCACAGGGUCUUGCCACGUCAUCAGCUAAGUGUCGUUGACCUAGUGUAGGAGGCGCAGAAUCCUCACUCCGUUACCCAGUUGUUCAUUCCAGCCAUCGUAGUUAGUGCAGACGUGGGGACACGCCCUGCCCCCUUCUCUUCCAAGUUUCCCACUUACUUGAGGAGGAAAAAUGGCAAAGGAAAACCGUCUAGGGAUUUACCAGUGAAGAAGGGCCGAAGGAGAGGCAGAGAGCAGCUCUUUUUGCCAUGAGCUGUGCUGAAUGGGAAGAAUGUGUUGGGGAACCGAAAAGCACAGAGAAAGAAGUGCUGGUGCAUAUUUUUUAGUUAAAAUGUUUCCCAGUUUUAUCAUGAUUACUAAACGAGUAGGAUAGGCAGAAGUAUAUAAUUAAUGGUUGAAACCACGUAUGUUCAUUUCUUUCUAAAACAGAAACCUUACUGGUAGUAACACCUUUGUGGGUUUUCAGGCACCUGCAGCAAGAAGAAAUACCGAUGGGGCAUUACUUGAUACACACGCAUCCCCCCUCUCCCAAGUUAACGGGGUUCUCAGUACAAGAGACCUGUACACACCUUGAGCCGUUGCCGGCGACGAUGGGGGUGGAGGACUGCACACGACUAGCUAUGCCCCCGCCGAGGCCUCUUAGGGACUGCUCUGGCCACUGCCAGGCCUCCUGGCUCCUAACAUCACGCUCCCCUUUGCCAAGAAUCAGGCUCUUUCUGGAGCCUGCAAAGCAAACAGUCCCUCAACACUCUUAGACUCGCCAGGGUUUGAGGUUUGUACCACCUCUUGGAAUGCGACUGUGAAAGGUUUUUUUUCUUUUCUCCAGAUUCUUCUCUACUCGGUUUAUAUUUUACAGUCGGACCCAGAUCCCAAAGCAUCAAUUUAGCGGAGACCAUGUUGCAAAUUAACAUUAUUCCCCCUUCUUCCUCAGCUGCCCAGGCCGGGAAGAACCCGCCGGCCCCAGCAACCCUCACCUGCUUUCCUUCUCCCUCCCACGUGGUCCCUCCCUUCUGAUGGUGUCACUUUUCACCCACAGUUCACACUCUGAGACUUGAAAGAAGCUCGUGGUUCAGUCCCCAGGGGCACAGGGCUGUGCAGGACCGUCAGAAAUGUUGGAAGUGUUACUAGUACCAGUUUCACCUUUUGUUGUCACAAUUUACUGUAUUUUUUACUUUUUCUGUUACAGUUUUGCUAUAAUUUAUCAGAAGGUCCAAAAAUUUGACAUAACUAUUUCAGUUUGCAUUAUUUAUUUAUGAUGCUUUUGUCAUUGUCUUUUAUACAUUUGGGAUUAUAAAUUAUGUAAAUGUCAAAAUGAGCAUCUCAAAGAAGUCUGUUAAAUUGGGGCCGGAAAAAAAAAAUCAAUCAGCUGUAUUUUCAAAAAUUGGAGUCCCAGUUUUAUGAAUUAGAGUUAUAAAUCAGAAAUUCUAUAAACUGAUCAUAUAAGAAGAAAGAAUCCAGUAAUUGAACAAAUUCUAUUUAAUGACAUCUUUGUAGCAUAGGUGAUCUCUAAUGCUGACAACAGAUUUCUUAGAAAUGCUGCUCUCUCUAUUUAACUAACAUUUUGUUCAGUUUUGCCUCCAGUGGAAGCAGAAAAGGUUUUUUCAGCUGUUAAAUCCUAAAAAUCAAUAUAAUUUAUUUAUGUAAAAAAAAAUCACUCAAUUGAUAUAUUUUUUGAACCUUUUAAGUACUAAUUUUCUUUUUAUCAAGUAGAAAAAAAACUGUAUUUGCCCUAAAUCCUUAAAAUACAAAUGCUAUAAAAAUUCAUGUAUCUUGAAAGCCUUACUGCAAAUGAGUAUUAUAGACAUCCAGCAGAGCCUGGGUUUUCUUUGUUGUCGUUGUUUUGUAUGGAAAAGCUGCUUUCCCCAGGUUCCACUUAGAACCUACAGUAGGUCACAGGGUUCAAUAUGGAUUUGAUUUUAAAACCCACCAGCAUGCUAAAUCCCGUGUUAUAUCUUAUCGAACCUGUAUGUUAACUCUCUGGGUGUUUAGGCUUCUCUGUGACUGCUAUUGUGUCCCUGUUUGCAAAAUGAAAAUGACACUCUGUGGAUUAUUUGCUCUGUAAGGCAUAAGUGCUUCUUAUGAUUAUUUUGACGUUUCCAAGAGCAAAAGCCAAAUUUAAGCUCUCUUCAGCAAACUUGAGCCUUUUCAUCUAAUUCCAUGUCACUCACAGCCAUAACUUUCCUUGAUCAUUCUUC